GACCAUGUCAGAGUUCAGAGCUUUCAGACAUGACACGCUCAAGAAUACAGCCAAGGAUCGAUGUCCUAGAUCUAAAGCGUGCCCUUCUUUCAGCUAGCUUGAGCGUUCCAUUAUACGGUAGUUGGGCUUACAGUAGCGUAUUCGCUGCUCUUGCCCACUAAACCGUGUGUCAAGUAAGUCUGAUGGUGUGUUUAGCGCUUCAUUGAAUGAGUACACCGGCAUAAUGGCCAUCGUUGCCGCACAAACAUGGCGAGAGACCACAGAGACUCAAGAAGACUCGGCAGAAAAGAACGGUCAAAUAGAAUGUGCUGUGUGUGGGGACAAGUCGUCGGGAAAACAUUACGGAGUUUUUACUUGUGAAGGUUGCAAGUCGUUCUUCAAGCGCAGUGUUCGUCGAAAUCUUACGUAUACGUGCCGAGCAUCGAGAAACUGUCCAAUAGAUCAACAUCACAGGAAUCAGUGUCAGUAYUGCAGGCUGAAAAAAUGCCUCAAAGUAGGAAUGCGCCGUGAAGGCUCGACAGCAGUACAGCGAGGUCGUAUCCCUCCAACACAAGUACAGCAACAAAACACAAGUCUACCUGGCGUCAAUGGCGAAAGUACAAAUGGACACUCGUACCUGUCUGGCUUUAUUGCACUGCUGUUGCGAGCAGAACCCUACCCAACCACCCGAUUCCAGCAACAAGGGCUUAACAUGGCGUGUGGAAUCAUGGGCAUUGAGAAUAUUUGCGAGCUGGCUGCUCGAUUGCUGUUUAGUGCCGUUGAAUGGGCUCGUAACAUCCCGUUCUUUCCGGACUUGGCUGUUACUGACCAAGUGGCUCUGCUACGUCUUGUAUGGAGCGAGCUGUUUGUGUUAAAUGCAGCACAAUGUCCUAUGUCAUUACAAGUUGCACCACUUCUUGCGACUGCCGGGAUUCACUCGAAUCAUAUGUCUCCAGAUAGAGUGGUUACAUUCAUGGAUAACAUAAGAAUAUUUCAAGAGCAAGUCGACAAGCUAAGAAAUCUUCAUGUAGAUGCUGCUGAGUUUGCCUGCUUGAAAGCUAUUGUCUUGUUUACUUCUGACGCAUCAGGGCUAACGGACCCCCAAUAUAUUGAAAGYCUUCAAGAGAAGACUCAGUGUGCCUUAGAGGAAUAUUCAAGGAAUCAAUAUCCUAAUCAACCUUCUCGCUUUGGGAAGCUGCUGCUCCGGUUGCCCUCACUGCGAAGUAUAAGCCCAAAUGUUGUGGAGCAGUUAUUUUUUGUUCGUCUUGUUGGCAAGACACCGAUAGAGACAUUACUUAGGGACAUGUUGCUUUCUGGUACACCAACGUCGUGGCCUUAUCUACCCUGUUCAUGAACUUCAUGUAAACAUGGAUAGGGUUAGGGAGAGAAAAGUGGAGCGUGCAACGCGUGUACAUGUGUGUAUUUGAACAAAUAUUUUUAGAGAUGGGCUCCUUCAAAAGGUAUCCAAGAAAACCACUCAGUUUGUUGACAUGGCUCAAGGCCGUUAAACUUUUCCAUUUUUCAGUAGGUUAGCUAGAAGCUAGAAAUUUAUAUACGGGAGAAAUCUUGUAGUUUAUAUAGAUAUGUAGAUAGGAUUUUCAUGUUUUAAAAAGACAAAAUCGAAGAUUUUAUAGCAUUUUUAUUGUAAGUACUAAAUAAAUGUCAUGAUCACCAGUUUUUUUCACAAUUGACGAUAGCCAAGACUAGUUUGAUGGAAUGCUUUACAUCACUCAUGAGUUGAAUGCUAGAAUAUUGUUUAUGUUAAAGUCAUGGACUUCUCGAAUGUACUGAGUAGAGUUUAGGAAUCCUGUAGUUUUUUCUCUUUCAGCCACUUUGUGCUGUAGGAUUUUUUCUUCUAAAAAAAUGUCUAAAAGACAAGACUUUUCUAGGUUUGCAUGAACAAAAUAAAACCUUGGCGUUCUUAGA